AUUAGUAAACGUCGAUGUAUGUUGAUACCUUAUCUAUGAAAACAAGAAAAAAUCCUAACCACAAUGAGACGACCGUCAUGUCUUUAGUUGCAGGAUUUAAAGUUAUACCUAUCAUAUCUUCAAAAGAAAGUAACCAUCAACAUGAGUUGUUUGUUAAAGAAAAUUCUGCUCGUGCACAUUCAACUGAUAAACCACUAGGAAGAACUCUUUUUGUUUUAAACGUACCUCCGUAUAUCACUGAAGCGAGCUUAAAAAACAUAUUUUCUAUUGCAGGGCCAGUACAGUCAGUUAAUUUUCAAACAAAACUUUACAGCAAAGAUGGCAAAGUUAUUAAUAAACGCUGUGGCUUUAAAGUAUCAUACGUUGUAUUUAAGGAAUUAUUGGGUUUAGCUAAUGCUUUAAAGUUAAAAAGCUUGCCACCAUUAUCCGCCAAUGGACAACCUGUGCUCCUCGGUAUUAGGAAGUGGUUAAAUAACUAUAAUAAAAAUAUCUGUAAUCACAGAAUGCUUCAAAAAAACGUGGAUUCGUUUAUGAAAAAAUAUGAUAAACAAGUAGAGCAGCAAAAGAGGAAAGAAAGCAAAGAGAUAACUGAUGAUGAAGGUUGGACUGUGGUUACAAAGACUGGGCGAAAUCCUGUACUGUCUAGUAAAAAUACUGUUCAUAAUCAAGAGAGUUUUCAGAAAAAGAAGAAAGUACUAAGAAACUUCUAUACUUUUCAAAUACGUGAAGCACAGAUGAAUAAUUUAGCUAUGUUAAGAAAGAAGUAUGAAGAAGACAAGAAAAAGGUAGCUGCCAUGAGACAAGCCAGAAAAUUUAAGCCAUUUUAGUAAAUUUAUAUUUAUGGGGUACUUCAUAUACUCUUUUAUUAAUUGUUAUAAUGAUAAAAACUAGUAUU